UAUGAAAAUUCUUUCAAAAAAUCAAGAUAUUUAUUCUGUUGAAUUAUUUAAUAAUGAUAAAUCUCUUACAGAAUAUAUAUUUGAAUUACGUCAAAAGAAAGAACAACAAACACAAAUUACAUCAACAACUAAUGAAGUAAUACAAGAAUCUGUUGAACCAAUUCCAGAAUCUGUCUCUAAAAUGACAACACCACCGCCAAUGGUUGAUGAAAAUAUAUCACGAACAUUUAACGAAAAUGCCUGUUCAGUAUCAUUACCAGUUCAACCAAUGAUCAAUGAAUCUCAACGAUUCACUGAAACAAGUCAUAGUAAUAUUUUACCACCACCACCACCACCAACUACUACUACUAGAAAUUUGUCUAGUACAUUAAACACAGAGACCAAAGCAUUGUCUACCAAUGAACAAAAUAGUAAUAGUAUUUUUAAUGAUAAUUUAACAAUUAUGAUCACUGAACAACGUCGACAAAAUCGUUUACUUGAACAAGUUAUUGCAGCAAUUAAUACAACGAAUGCUCUUCUUACACAACUUGUUCAACGUUAA